AAAUACCAAAUGUGAGAACGAGGCUUCGAAAUGAUAACAUCAUUCGUCAAAGUCUAGAAAACAGCUAUAUUAUGCACACAUGCAAAUAAUUAUAGUUUUCCUCCGAAAUCACAAUAGUGUUUGAAUAAGUAGAAAUCAGAGCUUGGCUAAGCCUGGAAUUAUAUACAAGAUAUUUAUAAUCGCGAUCAUCGCACCUGCAAGCGGGCGGAGCGUACACAUUCGUGAGAGGAAAACUAUAAAAGCAAACGUGCCUACGGUUUCCUUUCAGUUGCCUCUCGUCUGGUUAGUGCAGAUCUUGGCGCAGCCAACCGAAGAAAUCGAUCUUCGAACAAUCCUCAUAAAUAACAAUGAUGCGUUGCGUCUUGCUAGUAUUUCUUGCCGUUGGCUUCUGUCAUGCACAGAGGGACGUAUUCUCGGACCAGGACGGUUUCGUGUUCCCCGGAGAAGCCGACAGGCCUUCCAAAUUUCCGCUCAACCCGACCAACCGCCCGACCAAUCCGACUCGUCCGUUCACAACUGCAUCCCAGCGCACAACCCAGAGCCCGACGCCUACGGGCAACCCAGUGACUCCCAACAUGAACGACUACAACCAGUGCAUCAAUAAUUGCCAGACAACAUCCGAAUACAACCCUGUCUGUGGAACCGACAAUGUUGUCUACUCCAAUCCGGGAAGAUUAAGCUGUGCUGUAGCCUGUGGAAACAAUAUCACAAUUAAAGGCUACGGUCAAUGCAGUGGAACCAUACGAGGCUAAAAAGUAUUAUUAAUAAUACGUUUAUGAUAAAAAAAUAACUGUCAUGAAAUAAUUUAUUGUCCAACAAAAAGACUGUUCUGUUAUAAUCGCAAAACAUAUAUGUUCACUAUAGCGAAUACUUGUAAGAAAUGUUAAUAAAUUUUUUAAUGAAGUUA